AUGCUGUUCUCACAAAGAAGUGCCUGCGACCGCUGCCGCGCGCUCAAAAGCCGGUGCUCGAGAGAGGCCGGCGCUUCAAAGUGCGAGAGGUGCCAGCGUCUUCAGAUCGACUGUUUCUACAGCCCGCCCCGCCGGAUGGGCAGGCCGGCCAAGAAGCGGUUGAGCGAGGACGCCGCCCAGCCGGUACCACCUCCACCACCCUCGUUUCGCCGAUCUUCGACAAUGUCCAGCACAACCAUUCAGACAAACCAGUCCGAUGUCCUGCCGCCCGGCAUCCACGAGGUGGGCGAGUUCCAAUACGGUCUGGGCAUCGUGCCGGGCCAUCCAUCCGAGGACGAAGGACAUGGGUGGGCCAACGGCUUCGAGGACCCGCUACUCGGGCUCUUGCAAGAUCAUGACGCAAAGCUCAUGCCAACCGAAUGGAUGGACACCGACUCGCUGAGGCUCUUGGACCGGCAUGACGAAGCCCUCGUGACCGGGCCGCAUGACAUGCCUCUCACCCCGCCGACAACUGUUGGCUCUCUGCCCAACAGCUCCGAGGACUCCUGGAUGCCUGGUUGCGAUCAAGCACCCGGCAUGGGCCACGCCGAAUCCCACGCUGGCGACACCCUGCCCUCUUCGCCCGAGGCCAACGCGAAGUCGUCAGAGUCGGCAGUCCAACGUCUGCUUGAUCUCCAGUCGCUUCUGUUCGCUAGGCGCAUGGCAAAGUCCCAAGACAUCAACGGGUUGUCGAUGCUCAUCAACACAACCGUCCAAUCCACCGAGACACUCAUCGAUGUCGUAGAAAGCUUAUCGCCGCUGAGGCAGAGCGUGGAAGGGCGACGAUCCAUCUCGCCGUCGACAUCUUGGGGCCCGGUAGCAGAUGCUACUACUACCACCACCACCACCACCACCACCUUCGCCGCUAAUGGGCAUAUGAACACUGCAUCGAAUUCGCAAGAACAACAUCAGCAUAAGCAUCAGCAUCAGCGCCAGCAACCGCCCAAUCACGCACUUACGAUUUCUCUAUUCAUGACCAGUUAUCUUCUUCUCCUGGACUCGUACGACGAGCUUCUGGGGGCCCUAAAGGCUUCCCUGCAACGCUCGCGACAGAGUCAGUGGCAAAGUCCCGAGAGCGACUUUGGCUUAUCCCACCCUUUCUUCAACAAUACCCCCGGCGGAACUUUGAACAACUUCAACCUUGUCAGUCCGUUCGAUUUAGACGUCAAUUCGGUCGUAUUUCUCUUGUCUCGCAUGAUGAAGAGGCUGCACAAAUCUACCGAGAGCCGCUUCGCUGUCGGUUCGCUGUCAACUCCCGCCGCUCAUGGCAAGGGCCAGAUGCUACCUGUUUCAAACACUGCUUUCAGUUUUGAUUAUCAGGACGCUGUCAGCCAGGAUACGGACGGGAGUUUAGACCUCUCGCCGAACGGGAGCUACUCUCCCAUGGCCAUGAUGGGAGACCAGGUCUCGCGGGAGGUCAGUCACAGGCAUCAGAUUGUCAUGGAGUCGCUCCGCGUCAUCAGAUGGCUGGCGGAUGAGUUAUGA